UAAAAAACGACCUCCACACUCUCACUUACUCGCCACCACCACCCAAUUAACCAAUGGCUUGGUCUCUCUCUCCGCCUUCUCCUCUCACUCUUCCCAUCUCCUCCACCGCCAAAACCACCCUCACCGCCGCCACCAUCAAGUGCCACACCCUUUGGAGAAGUAAUUCUGAAAGAAAGAGAGCUACAAGAAUCAUAACUAAUGCUUCUGAAGGAGAAAGUAAAAGCGAUGAUAGUGACAAAGACUCUCCGGCUUUCAACCCUUUUGGCUUUGUCACUGAUAACCCUUCUAGUCGAAGCGCCAUUCAGCUCCCUGAGAGCCCCGCUGAGGAUGGAAAUGUCGGCCAAAUGCUUUAUAGGAUAGAAGAUAAGGGAAAGGAGUUUGGCAAAUACAUCAAAUGUGGAAAGUUGGUAUGGUUUGUGAGACGGACUGGAUCCCCUGAGACCAGGCGUGGAACAAUUGUCUUUCUUCACGGGGCUCCAACACAAUCAUAUAGCUAUCGAAAUGUUAUGUCUCAGAUGUCAGACUCUGGAUUUCACUGCAUUGCACCUGACUGGAUAGGGUUCGGUUUCAGUGACAAACCACAGCCGGGAUAUGGUUUCAAUUACACAGAGAAGGAAUUCCAUGAGGAAUUGGAUAAAUUACUUGAUGGGCUGGAGGUCAAAUCUCCUUUCUUUCUAGUCGUUCAGGGGUUUCUUGUAGGUUCAUAUGGAUUAACUUGGGCCUUGAAAAAUCAGAGCAAGAUAUCUAAGCUCGUAAUCCUAAAUAGUCCCCUGACAGUUUCAUCUCCUACUCCUGGACUAUUUACAAAGCUGAGAAUCCCUCUCUAUGGCGAAUUUACUUGUCAGAACGCUAUCACGGCAGAGCGCUUUAUUGAAGCAGGUAGCCCCUAUGUCUUGAAGCUGGAAAAGGCCGACGUUUAUCGAUUGCCAUAUCUAUCAAGCAGUGGACCUGGAUUUGCUCUGCUUGAAGCCACAAGAAAAAUUAAUUUCACAGAUACCUUAAGUCAAAUAGCAUCUGGCUUUGCUUCAGGAAGCUGGGACAAACCAGUGCUAGUUGCGUGGGGAAUAUCAGACAAGUAUUUGCCUCAAUCUGUGGCAGAAGAGUUCCAAAAAGGAAACCCUGGUGUGGUGAAGCUCAAGUUGAUAGAAGGAGCUGGGCAUAUGCCCCAAGAAGACUGGCCUGAGAAAGUUGUCGAUGCUUUGAGACUAUUCUUUUAAACUCAAGCACCGAACCACCAUACCUUCAAGAUUCAUCUCACUUGAAUGUGAAUAUUGCAUAGCUUUUAUUUGUGCAAGGAUUCUGAUAUCAAUGUUUCUCUGUUUGUAUAAAGCUCUAUGCAUAAGUUACAGUGAAAAAUGAGAAGUCAACAAAUUUAUGAAUC